UUUACAUUCACUCGUCACGGAGGUGUUGGAAGACAUUGGAUAUUCAACAGUAGUGGUUGAUUUGAGCUUAGUCGAAUGACGGAGUUCUGGAUAAUAUCUGUACCUGGGGAGCGGGAUCCAAAUCAGGUGUAUCAGCGUCUUCAAACCACAUUGUCUAAAUAUAAGGAUAUCUGCUCGCAGAUCAACAAAUUCAAUAUUCCUCCUGACUUCAAGGUGGGAACGCUGGAUAUUCUAGUGGGUCUUUCUGAUGAGCUGUCAAAAUUAGAUGUGUAUGCUGAGAGUAUUACCAAGAAAGUUGCCCAGUACAUGGGCGAUGUACUCGAAGAACAAAAACACAAGUUGGAAGACAACUUGACGGUAAAUGGACUUUCUCCUGCCGCGUUCCUCACCAAAUUCCAGUGGGAUUAUGCUAAAUAUCCAGUCAAACAAACGUUAAGUUCACUAUAUGCUAUUAUUUCAGAGCAACUUACAAAAAUAGAUUCGGAUUUAAAAGCAAAGUCUCAGUCAUAUAAUACUUUAAAAGGUUGUCUUCAAAAUCUAGAACGAAAGCAGACGGGUAGUCUCUUAACACGCGAGCUUGGAGAUAUUGUGAAGCGAGAACAAUUUAUUGUUGAUUCGGAAUACCUAACUACUCUAGUUGUUGUUGUUCCAAAGAAUAUGUAUAAUGAUUGGAAAUCUAAUUAUGAAAGAAUGACAGAUAUGGUCGUUCCUAAAUCGUCUGAACUUAUUUUUGAAGAUCAAGAUAAUGGCCUGUGGACUGUUACGCUCUUCAAAAAAAUGACGGAUGAUUUUAAAACUCAGGCUCGUGAAUUUAGGUUUGUUGUACGUGAUUUUACUUAUGAUGAGAAGAAAAUUGAGGAAAGUAGAAAUGAGCUGUCGAAACUUGAGUCCGAUAAGAAAAGACAGUUUGCUCCUCUGUUUCGUUGGUUGAAAGUUAAUUUUGGUGAGGCUUUUUCUGCUAUGGUUCAUAUUAAAGCCCUCCGGGUAUUUGUUGAGUCAGUUUUAAGAUAUGGAUUGCCGGUUGACUUUCAAGCGAUACUCCUUGAGCCAAACAAAAAGCAGCAAAAGAAAUUAAGAGAUAUACUAAAACAACUUUACAACCAUCUGGAUGGUUCGUCUUCAAGCUCCGUCUUAGAUGAAGAUAUGAAUGUCGGGAGUUUCGGGGCUUCAUCGGACUAUUUUCCUUAUGUUUCAUUUAAAGUCGAGCUAAAUAUGAUAGAUGUGCGUUAAUGGUCAGGGAUAAACCAGUUCUGCAGCUCAUUCCAUUGUAUUGAUGUGAUAAUGCAAUCAAUAAAAUGAAAAAAAGCAUAAUAUACUUUAGAAUUUUCUCUUUUUAGCAUUUUUGUCUUCUUGAUUUAUUCUCUUUUUCUCUAUCCUUGUUAGUUGAUAUUUUCACGAACACUUGAUUUACUUGGCCGGCAUAUAUAUAUAUAUAUAUAUACC